AUGAUACAGUGUCAAGGUGAAACGAAAGGGAAAGAGAUCGAUCUCACCGCUCUACUCGCAAUUAAUCCGACUCUGAGAGGAAAGGAUUCGUUAUCGAAGACCUUAGUGCAUGCUCAUGAGGAGAGCAACGAUGAAAAUGAGUUGUUAUACGAUAUUCCCCGUGUUGCCAAAAGAGCAGCGGCUCCUACUCACCGUGCUCCUACUGAGACUACCUCAUCUGCAACUGCUGUACGCCGCUCUAUGCUUAUGGACCGCGCUGGUAGUGGUACUGACCUCACCAUCAUUGCUGAAGAUACUCAUACUCAGCCGUCCACUCACCGUGCUCCACCACGUGGUUUAAUUGCACCACAGAAGGUGGUCUUACCCGUUGCUCCAAAACGUACGAGUGCUGCAAGUGCUGCUACAACACCUGUUGAGCGUAAUCCACAGCCUAUCAUGACGCGAUCAUCCGAAAUGGAAGAAGUCCAAGCUGUUGCAGAUAUAAACGAUACCGUGUUCAUUCCCGAACCAAAAGUGAAAUCAUCGACGGUUGCCAAUAUUGAAAAACUGCAGAAGGAACGUGAGGAACGAAGAGCGCAACUGAACAACGUCAAAAAGCAAAAAGAAAUGGAGAAAAGUAUAGAUCCUGGUAAUCCCAAUUAUCAAUUCUUGCUCAUGAUAAGGGAAUAUCAAUCUCAAAUUGACUAUCGCCCUCUUAAAAUGAGUGAUCAAGUGACUGACAAUAGGAUUUCUGUAUGCGUUAGGAAAAGGCCUCUCAACAAGAAAGAAAUCAAUAAAAAGGAGAUCGAAGUGAUCACGAUCCCGAAUCGGGACCAUCUCAUAGUCCAUCAACCGCAAGUUAAGGUUGAUCUGACGAAAUAUCUGGACAAUCAGAAGUUCCGUUUCGAUUAUACGUUCGAUGAAAAUACUUCCAAUGAGAUGGUUUACAAGUUCACGGCUCAGCCGUUAGUAAAAACAAUAUUCGAGCAAGGAUUUGCCACAUGUUUCGCGUAUGGGCAAACGGGUUCUGGAAAAACCCACACCAUGGGUGGGGACUUUACAGGCCGGAAUCAGAAUUGUGCAAGUGGCAUUUAUGCUCUCACAGCAAGUGACGUCUUCAAAAUGCAGCACUCACAACAAUACAGGAAAUUGAAUUUGUCUGUCAGCUGCAGCUUUUUCGAAAUAUACGGUGGAAAAGUGUUUGAUUUGUUGAAACACAAGGCAUUACUGCGAGUUCUGGAGGAUGGUAAAAAGGAAGUCCAAGUUGUUGGUCUCCAGGAGUUGCCUGUCACAUGUGAGAAUGACGUUCUGGAUCUCAUUCGACAAGGAACCGAUAUGCGCACUGCUGGUGCCACAUCUGCAAAUUCGAAUUCAAGCAGAUCGCAUGCAGUUUUCCAAAUUAUGCUCCGAAAAGACAAGAAAUUGUGGGGAAAGUUUUCCUUGAUUGACUUAGCGGGUAAUGAACGUGGUCAGGAUACCGGUAACUCUGAUAGGCAAACACGACAUGAAGGAGCUGGCGGGUUUAACGAAUGUAUUCGUGCCAUGGCCAAGAAUAGCCAUCACGUUCCAUUCCGUACAUCAAAGCUCACCUUGGUGCUACGCGAUUCCUCAUCGGUACGAGGAAAGCAGCGCACUGUGUAUGAUAGCAAUGAUCAGUCCUGGUAUGUCAUCUGUGAACACACAAUCAACACUUUGCGAUAUGCUGAUAGAGUGAAAGAGCUUGGAGCUGAUGGAGAGCGCGCAGUUCCCCCCUAUGGCGAUGAUGAGCUGAUGUUACGAGGCGAUGGGGCUGGUGAUGAUGGUGAUAACGAAGAUGCUGAUCUUUCCUUGGUUUGCAGUAGAAAUGGCACUGACAAGACUACGUUUGAUAUAUGA